GUUUUUACCGAAGACUUCCAACAGCAACAUGAAGUUGGGGGGCUUCCUCCUUCUGGUAACGCUCCUCACCCUCAGCUCGGAGGUACAGGAGCUCCAGGCUGCAGUGAGACCAUUGCAGCUUCUGGGCACCUGCGUUGAGCUCUGCAAUGAUGACUGGGAUUGUGAUCCAGGAGAGCACUGCGUCAGCAAUGGGUGUGGCCACAUCUGCGCUACAGCCUAGGGACAGAUGAAGACUUAUCUUGAGGAUCAUCCUUCUCUAAUAAUUUUUCAUCGCUUCCUAUCUUCAAAGAUAUGACUGGAACUCCUUGACCAGGAAGACAGAUGAAAAUGGGGGCCUGUGGGUGGAGAUUACAAGAGAUGUGGUGGGGAAGGAAAAAGUCCUUUCUUUUAAUAAAUCAUCAUUGUUA